AUGUUGGUCUUUUACAGGCGGCUGUUGAAGGGCCAGCCCUUGGCAGCGCUGCUGCUGCUUUCCGUUUCCCCCGCUGCGAUCUCCCUGGCUCGCGCGGAGCAGAUGGUGGCGAACACGUACAUCCGCGUGGACUCCGCGGAGGCUUCUUCUUUUUUUCCAAGUGUGGGCCCGGGGGGCCUGCGGGAGUUCUCUCCAGACAAAGCUUUAACUCGAGGCUCCGGCUACUGGUGUUCUGAGGGAAACCACCGAAAAGGCGAAGUCGUGAGUUGGACUGGCCGCCUCAGAACGCGAAGAUCCGUGGAGGGCCUCGAGAUCCACUGGGCCUACGCCCCUGGAAAGGCUCGCGGCGCCGCCUCUGCAUGCGCCUCGCCCCUCGCAGCUCAGUUUCAUCAAGUUUUGACUUUCCCGCAGCCGGUCCAGCUGAAGGCCAUUCGCCUUUUCAUGAAAGACCCUCAGAGGUUUGGAGUUGAGGCGCGCGCAGGCCAGCUGCGAAACCCCGCGCUGGGCGGCUGCGCUGUGCUGAAGGACAACAGCGUAAAGGAUGGAGGCGAAGUGGUUUUGGGAAACUGCGAAGUUGAAUACAACUUCCAAGACGGGCGCAGCGUCUGGGCGUCACAGCGUUGCUGCAGGGAGCUGCAGGCGAACAACCAGCUGCUGCUGCUGCGGGGCAGCAGCAGCUGCCUGUCGCAGCAAGGCAGCAAAGCUGGCAGCAGCGACGUGGCGCGGAACGCAGAGGCGCGCAGCAGCCACACGCGGGCGGAGGCUGUGCAUGCGCCUGCUGCUGCAGUGGACGGCAGCAGCGAAAGCUUCUGGGCUUCUCCGGAGUUUGCAAAAGAUGCAAUUCCCCCAAUUGUGGUUUUCGAAGUGGACCUGGGGAGCGCCUUCAAGCUGCGGAGUGCAGAGAUCGACUGGGAGUUUCCGCCGCUUUCGUUUGCACUCUUUGCAAGUUCUGACAACUCCAACUUCCUGCAGGUUUCCCGAGUGGCCGCCAACUGUACGUACACCUCAAGCCUCGACCUCAAGGCCACCGUCGCGCGCUUUCUGCGGCUGCAGCUGGAGAAGCCGCACCCGACUUUGGGCGCGUCGAAGGACAAGUUCUUGUACGCGAUAAAGAGCUUCUCCGUGUACAGCAACCGCCUGCGCUCCGUCGUGGAGUCUUGUUCGAAGGCGAAGACUUCGAGCGACGCGCGAGACAAAUACUUUUUGGAAUUGGUUUCCGAAGUGGACUUGGCUGCGGGGCGGGCGCUGCAGCGGGAGGCGCAGCAGGCAGCAGCCGCGGGCGCGGCCGUGGCCAGCGGGCUGGCUGCGGUCGAGGCGCUUCUGGGGCCCGUCAGGACUUGUUUGAAGGAAAAAAAAACAAGUUUUGAAAAGCUUUCGGCUUUUCGCGCGGAGAUCGGCGACGCGGAGAGGGCUGCGGCGCUGGUUGGAGCCACUUUUGCAACAGUUCCCGACACUGACGGCGUUCUCUCCGUUGCAGACGCAGUGCAUGCAUGCAACAAGCUUGGGCUGCAGCCGGUGCACCUCCACAGCCGCCGCCAAGUGGAGGCGCUGCAGCAAAUGCUGGAGUUGAUGGAAAUGGACUUUUCCAAUCCUGUCCCGAUAGCUGUCAACAACGGCGCCAACGUCUUCUACUCUCUCGACUUCAAGAAAGACGUCUCGGAGUUUGUUUUGGAAAUUCAAGAAAGUGGAAAGUUGGUCGGAAACACCGCAGGCCUUUCGCCGGCGGGUUUGGUCUUCUUCGACUCUUCGGCGACGGACAUGUCGACGCUGAUAUCCGGAGAGGCCAGGCUCGUCGGCGGGGAAGCUGGGGUGUAUGCAGCAGACAGCUCGAUCUGCGCAGCAGCAAUCCACGCCGGAGUCCGCAGCAGAACUGCAGCAGCAGCAAUUCGAAUUGUUGCUGCUGCAGCAGAGUUCGAAGGCUCCGACAACAACGGAAUCCUCUCCAGCAGCCUCUUGGGGCCCCAAAGGGUCAACGCCUUCACUGUCGAGCCUGCAACUAAGCAGUGCCCCCUCGACAGCAGCAGCAGCAGCAGCAGCAGCAGCAGCAGCAGCAUGGGCGGCGUCAGCAGCGCAGCUGGCAGUACCAGCAGCAGCGGCGUCAGCGCCGCAGCUGGCACUACCAGCGGCAGCAGCGGAGUUGGCACUACUGACAGCAGCAGCAGCAGCGCAGGCGGCGCCGCCGGCAGCAGCAGCAGCAGCAGUGGAGGUGGCACUGCCACCAGCAGCAGCAGCGGAGGCGGCACUGCCAGCAGCAGCAGCAGCAGCAGCGGAGGUGGCACUACCAGCAGCAGCAGCAGCAGAAGCAGCUUUCUGGAGCUGCACGCUCCCCCGUUUGUGCCUCCGGCUCCAUCAGCUAACCCAGCCUUUCCGCCAGAUGCUGCAGCAGCAACUACGCGGGUUGUAGCGCCCCCCGCAGCAGCAGCAGCAGCAGGAGCGCCCGCAGCAGCCCCCGCAGCAGCAGCGCAAGCAGCACCUGCAGCGCAAAGGCCUGCAGCUGCAGCAGCGGCAGCCCCACCGCCCUCCUCCUCCACAGCAGCCCCUGCAGCAGCAGCGCCCGCAGCAGCAGCAGCAGCAGCAGCAGCAGCGCCGGGCGCCGGCGCGUCUGCUGCAGCACGAGCAGCAGCAGCUGUUGCAGAAGAGCUGAAUGAAGCAACAACAGUUGCAAUAAAUCAGCUGUCUUUGAUUUUGUCGCAGCAGCUGGGGGGGCUGGAGGCAGCAGUUGUGGACGCGAUAAAGCUGGAGGCGACGAAGGUGAUCUCCGGCGCGCGCUCGCAGCUGAAGCCUGCGGAGCGCAUGCAGCAGCGGCUGGAGGUCGCAGCGAAAGAAACCCUCGGAGAGGCCGAGCAGCUCGCGGGUCGGCUGCAGCAGAUCUCGGGGAAGGUUUCGCAGGCCUCGGAGGCGAGUUCUGCGGAGCUGCAGAUGAAUCUCCGCAAAAGAGCCGCGCAGUCCGCCGCGGAUCCGUGGAGUCUGGAGAAGGUGAAGAACUUGCAAGUGGCGGAGGCGUUUCAGAUCUUCAACUCGAAGUUCACAGUGGGAAGCAGCAAGUGGAAGAUCGGCCCGUUUCCAGCCACCCCCAGCCACCCCGACAGCCGCCACUGCCUCUGCCAGUCUUCCGCCGUUUCCCCGAAACUUCCCAACGCCGCAGCAGCGGGAACUUUUGCAAUUUUGAAAGAAAAGGAGUUUUUCAAUUUCGAGUUUUUCGGCCAAGUCCGGGCCUCCGGCGCGGGCUCCGUGGGCGUGGCUUUCCACCGCAGCAGCGGCGGCUUCAAACGGCUGCUGCGCGUCGUCAACGGGGCCCCCACGGAAGCAGCAAGAGUUGAAGACGGGGGCUUCGUGGAGGACCAGUGGUACAGCAUCCGGCUGCGGAAGGUGCAGCAGCGGAUUUCGAUAACUGUGGCUGAGGUCCCGGAGGCUGCUGCUGCUGCGCCAGCAGCAGCAGCAGCUGCUGCUGCUGCUGGCCUUGCUGCGGGCGCACCUGCUGCUGCAGACAUCGACGUCCUCGACGGCUCUUUUGCUUCCGGCUCCCUCGCCUUCUACACCAGCGCAGUCAACUCCGCCUGCUUCCGGGACCUCACCAUCAAGCCCAUUGCAUGCACCAGCAGCAGCAGCAGCAGCAGCAGCAGCAGCAGCAGCGGCGGCGGCGGCGGCGAGCCGCCUUUGCUGCCUCCGUAUCCGCCGCUCUGCAGCAACUACAGGGAAGCCUUUGUGGGGCAAAUCUCCGAUGACUGGCAUGCACUCGACCCCGACUCCAGCAGCACUCCUUCGCACUGGCGGCAUGCAGCAGACAUUGGGGGGCAGCACAAGACCAUUGCGCAAAUGACAGCAGCGGGCGGAGAGAAAAACAAAGAGCCCGCAGUGCUGGCCCUCGCUCGCCAUCGCUCUUGCGACGAGGGGCAGUUCUCCUUCAACUUCUUUCCUCAGUGCGAUGGAGUUGUGGGGGCUGCGUUCAACUUCGUGGACAAAGAGAACUACUUUUUGUUUGAAGUGGCUGCGGACUUCGCGCGAAUCCGCAGAAGGGCGCGGGGCCUCUUCAGCACUCUGGCCAAGUCCGGGCUUUGGGGCUUCAAGUUGGGGACUUGGAACUCAAUCAAGCUCAGCUUCACUGCAGACCGCGUCGUGGUCCGCAGCAGCAGCAGCAGCAGCGGCAGCAGCAGCAGCAGCGGGGGCGGAGCGCUUCCGGUGUUCAGCAUCGCGAGGAGCGACGGCGUCGGCGGCACCGUCGCGCUCACCACCUGGCAGUGCGCCGGAGUGGCAUUUUCGGAGAUUCUGCUGGAUCCACGCCUGCACCAGCAGCAGCAGCAACAGCAGCAGCAGCAGCAGGGGGGAGCAGCAGCAGGUGACCAGUGGUCAGGGGUUCUGCAGCUCGUGCUGCGCCGCGGAGUUUCCGAACUCCGGAAAGGCGCGAAAAACUUGUUCGAAAUAUUGCGAAGAAGAAAAAAAAGAAAAUUCCUUUUCCGGCUGCCAACAGCUGCAGACCCUCACCGAGACCUGCGCCGGCAGUGA